UCAUAAACAGUAUGCGCACACGCACAUGACUCUACAAAAUUUCCAAAAUGGCGGCGGUAGGAGCUUUGACAAAAAUGCCCGACUUCAAAGGAGGAUUUUCCUUUGAAAAUUGCCAAAGAAACGCCAUGCUUGAUAAUCUCGGCGUCAAAGCGCCGACCGCCCGCAAGACAGGGACCACGAUCGCCGGCAUUGUCUUCAAGGAUGGUGUCAUCCUUGGUGCUGAUACAAGAGCAACAGAGGAUACUAUUGUUGCAGACAAGAACUGCUCAAAGAUUCACUACAUAGCACCUAAUAUUUAUUGUUGUGGAGCCGGAACUGCUGCUGACACAGAAUACGUCACAGAUCUCAUCUCAUCACAAAUUCAGCUGCAUUCGCUUAACACUGGGAGACAGGCCAGAAUUGUUACUUCAUUGAGAAUGUUGAAACAGAGGUUAUUUAGGUAUCAAGGUUACAUUAGUGCGGCCCUUGUUCUAGGCGGAGUUGACUUUUCAGGACCCCACCUUCACACUGUGUACCCCCACGGCAGCACCGACUCCCUGCCGUAUGUGACAAUGGGAUCUGGAUCCCUGGCAGCCAUGGCAGUUUUUGAAUCUCGAUAUAGACCAGAUAUGGAGCUUGAAGAAGCCAAGCAACUAGUACGUGAUGGCAUUGCAGCUGGUAUUUUCAAUGACCUGGGUUCUGGUAGCAAUGUGGACCUGUGUGUGAUUACCAAAGAUGGUGUGGAUUACAUCAGGCCAUAUGACGUAGCCAAUCUCAAGGGUGAACGGCAGGGCCGAUACACCUACAAGCGAGGAACCACAGCUGUUCUCACCAAGAAAGUUACACCUAUAGUUGUUGAUGUCACCCAGACGAGAGUUGAACCCAUGGAAAUGUAGACUCAACACACCAAACAAAACCUGCACACCUAAACUAGACCAUGCUGUCACCCACUUGUCUAGGCCCACUGUUAGAUCCCAUUCUUUUUUUGUGUUUUGAAUUUCCAAGUAGGAAAUGCUGCUAACAAGAUGUAGAGUUUAAGGGUGAGGCACACAUAUUCACUAACCUAGUAACUAAAAGGAAAACUUUUUGUAAAUGUGUUUUGGCCUCCAAAACUCUUUGCUUUUUUAUUAAAAAAGAAAAGUUGUUUCUUCUGGUUUUGUAUGUGUAUACAAGUUCUUCUCUUUUUCUUGUCUAACCUUUGGUGAAAAAAAUAUCAUCUGAAUACACUGUAUUUGGUUGUGCUUGUAAGACAAUAAAUCACACUCUGUCGCCA